CUCAAAUACAUGGCGUGCUGCUUUUGGAUUUUGCAGGAUAAACUAACCUCUGAUAUCACAAGGUAAAGGAGACAGCAGAGACUGACAUGGCAGAGAGAAUGGCAGAGAUGGAGGAAGACAUGGGGGAUGUGCCAGCCAGAGAGGAUGACAACGACUCUGACAGGGAUGAAAAUGACAGACUGUUUGCUUGGAUGGUGAAUGACGACAUGGAUGAGGACGAGGAAGAUGAGGAGGAGGAGGUGGAGGAUGAACAGCCCUUGGACACUGAGGCGUCUGAGUCGUUUGAGCUGGAUACCCCAGCUGAGCGCAGUGGUCAUAUAGCAGUGGUGGACAGAAAUAUUAUGUAUGUGUGGGGUGGAUACAAGAAUGCUCAAAACCACGGAUUCUUUGACUUGUACCUGCCGAGAAAUGAGAUCUGGACGUACAACAUGGAGUCAGGAGUUUGGGCAAAGCAUGUAGCCGGUGGCAACCUGCACACGUCCAUGUCAGGCAGCUGUGGGGUGUGUGUUGAUGGAGUACUCUACUUAUUUGGAGGUCAUCAUGCCAGGGGCAACACAAACAGGAUCUACCGCCUGCCACUGAGAGCUCCCACCCUUGUUUGGGAGGAAAUGAGGGACCUUAAAGGACUCCCGCCAUCCUGCAAGGACAAGCUAGGGUGCUGGGUUCAGAAGAACAGACUUAUAUUCUUUGGGGGUUACGGCUAUGCUGCGCAAGGACAUCAUCAAGGGACGUUUGAAUAUGAUGAAUCAUCUUCACUUGUGUGGGACAGCCCUGGACGAGGCUGGAACAAUCACAUCCAUAUCCUGGACCUGGAGAUGUCUACAUGGAGCCAGCCCAACACCAAGGGGAACACCCCAUCACCCAGAGCAGCUCAUGCUUGUGCCACAGUUGGUAACAGAGGCUACGUCUUCGGAGGACGAUACAGGAACUACAGACUAAAUGACCUGUACUACAUUGACUUGGACACGUGGGAGUGGCAUGAAAUGAGCGUUCCCCAGCAUGGUCCCGUGGGCCGUUCUUGGCAUUCCUUCACUCCUGUGUCACAAGACCACAUCUUCUUAUUUGGAGGAUUCACCACAGAGAGAGAGACGCUGAGUGAUGCUUGGCUGUACUACGUGAGCAAAAAUGAAUGGAAGCCUUUCAAACACAGUCACACAGAGAGCCCGAGGCUGUGGCACACAGCGUGCUCCGGUCCUGACGGGGAGGUGUUUGUAUUUGGAGGGUGUGCCAACAACCUGUUGUCUCAACACAGAGCUGCUCACAGCAACGAGUUAUUGAUUUUCAACGUUCAGCCCAAAUCACUAGUCAGAUUCUGUAUGGAGGCCGUCCUGCAGCACAGGGAGCGUUUGUCCAGUUACUGGGACUGCUUGCCAAAACACCUUCUGCACAGCCUCAAACUGAGAAUGGCACAUGUCAACACACUGGGCUCCUAGACCACGAGGAAGCUGUCAAUGUAGUCCAGAGGAUUACAGGAGUAUAUGUAUGUAUGGAUGAGUGUAAAUUCUCAAAGCAGGUAGUCCUAUUGGAGCAUUAGUUUAAUGUGUGUGUGGACACAUAAAAUCUCUAAGCAAUAGUGAGCAGCUAUGGAACUGUUGGAAGUGGGUCCUGACCGGCACUGUUCACAGGCCAUCCUCAAAGCUGUUUAUUACUUUACUCAAUAGGUCAAACUCUUGCAAAGCCAGUACAACCUUUAGCGGAGCCGCAGUGCAGGUGUGCACGGCAUUAAGACAGAGCCGAAGUCCUGGACUACUUUAAGGUUAGUUUUUGUUCCGAUUUCGUUGCUAAGCAUAAUUUUUCAGCAGGACUUCUUUAAGUAUUCCUUCUCAAAAGCUUAAAUGUGAUAGCGUGGUUUAAGAUUAACGGAUUGCUACGUCUGUGCUGGGUAAGAAAACUUGAUGGAGACAAGUUAUUUUUGUUGGCAUUUGGUACCUGCAAAUACACAGAAGCUAUGACAGUGCUUCUGUGUUUUUACAAUUAAAGGGAACUCUUAUCUUUGUAAAAACAAGGUGUUAAUAUUAUGUUAGCCAGUGCAGUCAGCUUAGAAUACGAUCAGAAAACCCCUAAUGAUCAGCUUUUCAGGAGGACCACUGAAAGAAACCCUGUUAGAAAAUGCAUUGUGUUACUGAGGCAAGACAAAAUAUAGUUUGGAAAGAGGGCAUGACUUCUUUCCCCCAAGAUUAUAGUCCAUCCUAUAGGUAUACCCAAAAGUUAAGGGAAGAGUUGUGGUCCUUUAAAACUAACACCAGAGGCUUGUUGAAAUUGUGGUUUUCACUGGUCUUACUCAGAAAUUCAAUCAACUUAAAAUGUGAGUCUAAUGUCUUAACACUAAAUAAAUGGUGCGAGGCUGAAACAGGUUUGCUUUAACAGGGCAUAUUUCUUUUUAGGGUGUCUAUUGUUUUAAUGAUUGCCAUAACUAAUGUUUGGCAGGAUCUAUAAUACAGAUGUUUGCUACAUCUUGAAUAGUUUAAAUUCUCACAGACCUAAAACUAGUGCUUUAUAACGCAGACUAUCUCCUCUGAAGCCACAGAAU